AUGGAGAUAUUUACUUUUAAAUCAAAUUUUGGUAGAAGUAGAAAUAAAUCAUAAUUUUUUAAAGAACUUAUCAUUACUCUAUUAGAAAGAUUUAUAUCCAAAUAAAUAAUAAGAGAGAAGUAUUUAACUGAUAUUGUAGAUUUAAAACAAUUGUUAAAAGAUAUAUCCUCUUAAGAAUUUAUUUAAUUUCGAAAUUAAAUAGAAUUAAACAUUAAAAUUAUAAAUAUCAGAUAUUUUUUAUGGUCCAAUUAAUAAUUUGACAAUUAUAACUAAUUCCUCAAUCUUUUUUAAUGGACCUUUUCAAUUGAAAAAAAAGUUUAACCUUGUAAUUUAGAUGAAUCUUAUUUUUGUAUCAAAUAAUUUGAGAUUGAAAGUUAAGUAUAAAGAUUAAUAUUUUCAACAAUUAUUAUGGAAAAUUAAGUUUUUGAAAUUAUCAAUACUUUUUCAAAUAUCAAAAUUAUUUACAUUAUGUUGAUAAAAUAGAAUUAUUAUCUAUUAUUUUUACAAUCAGAAAACAAUUUAAAUAUUCAAUUAAUUUAAUGUUCUGAACUAAUUGAUUAAAAUUGUUAUGUAAUAACAGAUCUUAAUGAAAAAUUUCAAAUACAACCUAUUACUGCAGAUAUUUUGAGAACAGGAAAUCUAAUUAAGCUAAAAAAUUAAUUUAACCAGUCUUUUAUUUAUUUUGAAGAUAUCAAAUUUAUUUUAGUAUAAUUACCUGAAAUCGUCAUGGAUGUCAUUUAAAUUGAAGAAACACAGGAUCAAUAUUUAAUAAUAUAAUAAAACAAAUAAAAUUCAAGUAAUUUAGAAUUGAUGAUUUAUUCAAUCUAUUUAAAUAAGAAAAGUAUAGUAUAUUCCUUAUCCAUUCCUAAAUAGCUUUAUAUAAAAUUGAUUAAUGAUCGAAAAUUUAAAUUUUAAGAAUUAAAAUUAACCUCAUGUAUUUAAAUAGGAGGUUUAACAAAAAUUAAACUAUUCAUUAUUACUUAAUAUUAUUCUUAUUUGUUUUAAUUAAUAUUAGAUAAGUAGAAGAAUUAAGUUUAAUUUGAAUUGUAAAAGUCAGUUAGAAAUUGUGAUUCUUAAAACUGCAAAAAUGAAAUAUUCACAAUAAACUAUUUUGAUGACAUUAUUUUAAUUUUAAAAGAAAUUAAUAACAAUCAUUUUUUAUUUUUUGAUUUGAGAAAACGCAGAAACUUUUAUGAUUAUUUUCAUAAAUCAC